AUGGCCGUCAAGAGUCCAUAAUGAAACGCACUGCAUUGGUGGCAAACACUUCAAAUAUGCCAGUGGCAGCUCGUGAAGCGUCUAUUUAUACUGCAGACUCCACUUCUCGGUGGGCUGAAGCCCUUCGAGAAAUAUCUGGUCGUUUAGCCGAAACGCCAGCAGCAUUACUUUUAAUUAUUAUUAAAUCAGAUAGCGGCUAUCCUGCGUACUUGGGUGCUUGGUUAGCGUCUUUCUAUGAACGUGCCGGAAAAGUUACAUGUCUUGGAAAUCCAAAGCGAGAAGGAAACUUUUCAGAUCCAGUUACUUCAGCAACACUUGGUAUAGUUCAAAUAUUCUGGGGUUUGGAUAAGAAACUUGCUCAACGCAAGCAUUUUCCGUCUGUAAAUUGGUCCUUGAGCUAUUCAAAAUAUAUCAAAGUAUUAGAAAGUUACUAUGAAAGCAUAGAGCCUGAAUUUAUCUCUUUAAGAGACAAAACCAGAGAAGUUCUUCAAAAAGAAGAAGACCUUUCAGAAAUUGUCCAGCUUGUUGGAAAGAGUGCACUUGGUGAAGCGGACAAAAUCACAUUGGAAAUCGCUAGGAUCAUCAAAGAUGAUUUCUACAACAAAAUGGAUACUCUUCAUACGAUC